AUGACACGCCAUAAGACCAACCGCAAAGAUCCUCACGUACCAGACUAUGGUGAACAGAGUAUAAGCAACACUAAUGCUCCUGGGAUCAUAUCAAAGCCACCUUACACAAUCCAAGAGGCACCCCUCGGAACUACUAAACAUGUCAGGAUCGUAGGUAUUGGUGCGGGGGCCAGUGGCAUAAAUAUGAUACGGACCCUUAGGAGAAACAUAGCCAACUACGAAUUCGUCAUCUACGAAAAGAACGAGAAAGUCGGGGGAACUUGGUUCGAGAAUCGUUAUCCGGGAUGUAGAUGUGACGUACCAAGUCAUAAUUAUCAGUUCUCAUGGCGCCCAAAUCCCGAAUGGUCUAAUUUCUUCGCGCCUGCUGAAGAGAUCGAGCAAUAUCUAGACCGGAUAUGCGAAGAAGAGAGUAUGUCAGACGUGAUCAAGACUCGAUACAAGGUCGUAGGUGCUUGGUGGAGCGAGGACCGCGGGCUUUGGGACCUAAGUGUCGUAGACCUUGAGACCGGCCAAGAGUUCAGAGACAAUGCCAACUUUCUCAUCAACGCAUCAGGCAUACUAAAUAACUGGAAAUGGCCAGACAUCCCGGGGAUAAAUAACUUCAAGGGAAACUUAAUGCAUACUGCCAACUGGCCUAAAGAUUUCGACUAUACCAACAAGACUGUUGCUUUGAUUGGGAAUGGCUCGUCGGGAAUCCAGUUACUACCUACAAUCCAGCCAGGUGUCAAAAAGCUAUAUCAUUUCGUCCGUACUCCGACAUGGAUCAUCCCCCCACGAAUACUGUCGAUGAAGGUGAUGGGAGGACCUGCUAAGGAUAUCCUUGGCGAGAUAGAGCUCGACGAGAAGGAGAACUUUACGCAACGACAAAUCGAGAGGUUCAAGUCGGAUCCAGCAUUUUACCGUAAAUUCAUCAAAACAAUCGAGAAAGAUAGCAACGGCGCAUUCGCACUCGUGGUGAACGGCAGCCCGGCGCAGAAGUUUGCAACCAGUAAGGUUGCCGAGUAUAUGAAGGCAGCUCUAGGGGGUGACGAAAGGCUAUGCAAGGCCCUAAUCCCCCAGUUCCCCCUGGGAUGCCGCAGAAUCACGCCAGCGCCAGGAUAUUUAGAAGCUCUCAGGGCCCCGAAUAUAGAAGUCAUCACGGAAGGGAUCGCCGCAGUUGUGCCGGAAGGCAUUCAACUCGAGUCGGGCGAAGUGAUCAAGUUAGACGCCAUAAUUUGCGCUACGGGCUUUGACACUUCCUUCGUUCCGCGCUUCCCCAUCGUUGGUAGACAUGGUAACGUCCAGGACACGAUGAAGACAGAGACGCCGAAAGGCUACAUGUCGUGCGCACUUGCCGGCGUGCCCAACUACUUCACCUUCCUUGGUCCCAACGGGCCUAUAGGCCACGGCAGCGUCUUUACCUUAAGCGAGCACAUCGCGAGAUACAUCACUCGCAUAAUAGCCAAGUGUCAGAAAGAAGGCAUUAAGGCGAUUGUGCCGUCGGACGCAGCGGUAGACGACUACAGCCAGCAUGUAACGACUUUUAUGCCGCGCACGGUAUGGGCAUCGCCAGGUAAAUCCUGGUUUAAGGGCGGUACCGAAGACGGGCCCGUCACGGCUCUACACCCAGGCAGCCGUGUGCACUUCUUCCAAAUGCUCGAACACUUCCGCGGCGAGGACUUCGACUACGUCUACGAUAACCCGGCGCACAAUAGGUUUCACUACUUGGGUAACGGCUUCUCGGCUAGGGAGCUCGAUCCUAACGUCGACUCGACGUGGUAUUUGGAGGAGGCGGUCGAUGGACCUGUAUAUACGUGA